GUAGGCGGAUGAAAUUAUUGUAUUGUUAUUUCGUCGCAAUCUGUUUUUGUGUCGUAGAAAAUAAACAGCACACUCGAAUACGUCCGCAUAUUGCUUCCCUUUCGAAAGGUAUUCCAAGCAAGUGAUAAGAUCCACAGUGUAUCGACAACAUAAAUAAGUUUUAGCACCAUUUCUGGUUGCCCUAGAACGAUCGCUUUCCCUUCGAACAGAACCAGCAAUGGUGACUCAGUAUUGGAUGUGUGCAUAAUUCCAACCAUACGAAACCUGUGUGAAAGAUUGAACCCCAGAGUCGUGACGAACGCAAACAAAGAAAAACAAACAGCUCGCGCGGGUGACACAAAUCGCAAGGGAUUUGGUUGUGGAACAGGCUCCAAAAAUAGCAGCACAUAACAGCAGCAAGAUGAGCUACGCAUCGUUCGACAAUGGUGCUACGGGUAAUUCCAACAUUACCAACGAGGCAGACUUUCAGAAAACAUCCCAGAUCGUCGUGGCCAGCAUUCAAAAGAUACUACAAAAUGUAUCUUCAAUGCAGCGUAUGGUUAAUCAGUUUGGCACUGCACAGGACUCUCCGGAACUAAAACAACAGCUCCAUCAGAUACGUUCCUACACGCAGCAACUGAUUACGGACACGACGACCCAGCUGAACGAUCUUGUUAACUGCAAAGAGCGCCAUCUAAAAAUUAAACGCGACCGGCUGGUGGAUGAGUUUACGUCGGCACUGACCGCUUUCCAGGCCGUCCAGCGCAAGACGGUUGAUCUGGAGAAGAAUGCAAUGCGCCAGGCACGGCAGGCCACUGGCGCCGGGGCGGCCAUCAGCAAGCCGCCUGGUGGUGGUGGCGGUUCGCAUCACUCGAGCAUGGGUUCGAACUACAACAAUGCGUCCAACAGUGGGUCGAUGUUUGAAGACAACUUUAUCACCGGCUCGCGAGGUCAAACGCAGGAGCAGCUUCAGGAAGAAAUCGAUUUGCAAGCGUUAGAAGACCAGGAACGAACGAUUCGUGAGCUGGAGGAAAAUAUCGUUAGUGUUAACGAAAUCUACAAGAAGCUCGGCGCGCUGGUGUACGAACAGAGCCAUCAGGUGGACUCGAUCGAAGCAUCGGUCGAGCAGACGAGUGUAUUCGUGUCGGAAGGUGUGCAGCAGCUGAAACAGGCCAGUCACUACCAGAAUAAGGCACGCAAGAAGAAGCUCAUCUUGGCGCUCAUAGCGGCAGCAAUAUUAGCAAUCAUCAUACUCAUUAUCGCUCUGAAAUCCUGAAAUGGUAUGGACAAACAUUGCACUGUUGAACGUGGAACGAAUCGGGCGCGCGACGCAACACAAUCCAAAGCUUGACACGUGCUUGAGGUUUUUGUGUUACAUUAUUUAUUUUAUCUGAAAGCAGAAUGAAACAAAGGGAUUCAACUCGGUCCUGUGCAACUACCACCAUCGGAAAAAGAAGCGCGAAUAUGCAUUCCAAUGUUCGUAGCGGAUGAGCGAAUUCGAAAAGUGAAUUUAGGAUCACAUCCUGCAGCAAUCUUUCGCCUUGGUCGUCGAGACGAGAGAUACGAUACAAUGAUAAUUAUUAUUCUCUGUUAGUACUGCUUAUAUUACCAUUCACACCAUUUGCCGGCAAAGCCUAGACAUAGCAAAGUGAGGUUCUUCCUUUCCAAAAGCUACUCUCAACACUUUCUACGCUAAACACUUACACCCGUCCGGCUAUUUUAUUUCCAGCAUUAGUAGGAAAUAAGGUACCAGAAGAAAAAUAUGAUCAAAUAUCUUGUAGCCUCUCCGGUUUGGGUUUGUUAAUCAAAGUGUAAUGAAAAGGAAAA